GCGAUGCAAUGCGGCCGGGCAGCUCUCGGGAGUGGUUCAACCCAGCAGAGGUUAAGCCCGGAGCUUUCCUAAGUGGCAAAAGGCUGCUCCAUCAGUUCUUUUACGUGGGAUCUUCCUGAAGUGGGCAAGGAAGGGGGCCUUCAACUGUGAGAGGGGCACUCUGGGUCUGCCUUUGAUGCUUCACUACAACCAUGGUGCAGACGUCCGGCUGAACACCUUCGGUGCCUGCUCCAUGCCACCGUAGAGGCCGCGUUUGGUGCCAAGAAGCAAGUCUUGGGAGGUGCCGUGAACAUUUCUCUCUCUCUCUCUUUUUUCUCAUUUUUUUCAUUUUUCAUUUUUUUUGCGCAAGAGCUGUUUUCCCUCUCCGUUGCUCCCUCCGCGUUUGGGAAGAGGAGGAACGUCAAGCCGUUUGGAUGUUCUGAUGCUCGCCUUGCCCCAAAUUAUUCCUGGCCAGAUGCAGUGGAUACUUUUGCUGCUGCUGUUAUUCAUUAACUCCAUGGAAAUGCUCACUCAAGCCAGGAGGAAGAAACAAGUAAGCGUUGCCCUGUUUGAGAACUGCACCGGGUGUGUGAUGUGCUCCGAGGACAACGGCUGCAGCGCCUGCCAGCAGAGGCUGUUCCUGAUCAUCUGGAGGGAUGGGAUCCGCCAGUACGGCGCAUGCGUUCACGUCUGCCCGUCAGGCUACUUCGGACAGCGGGGCAAAGAGCUCAACAGAUGCAGUAAGUGCAGUUCGUCCAGCUGCGAGAGCUGCUUCAGCAAGGAUUUCUGCAUGAAAUGCAAAGAGCAUUUCUUCCUGCACAAAGGAAAAUGUUUCAGCGCAUGCCCACCUGAGACCCUGGCCCAGUCCAGCUCCCAGGAAUGCCAAGAAAAGUGUGAGAUGGGCCCCUGGAGCAGCUGGAGCCCCUGCAUGAAGCAGGGCAGGAUCUGCGGCCGCAAGUGGGGCAUGACCACGAGAGUCCGCGAGGCCCUCAGGAGCAACAAAGAGGAAUCCGCCAUGUGUCCGGUGCAGUCGGAGUCCAGGAAGUGCCGAAUGAAGAAACGCUGUCCUGGAGGUGAGGCACGGCGGGCGGGCAAACGGGAAGGACUGAACUAUCAGCGGCUGCUAAUCACGGUGGAUAUCGACUCCCUCUGGUGCCAUCAGGCAGUAUAA